GAGGAGACACACAACCUAGCUGCUUGGGGAAAGUGAGAGAUCAAUGGAGCUCUUCCCUUCCCAGCCGGAUCUGUCCCUCCAGAUCGGCCUCCCAGCGAGCGCAACACCCCACGGCCAUGAUCACCGCCACGCCAUGGGCGGCAGGUUCUUUGGGCCUCCCACUACCAGCGGCCUGAACCCGUCCAUGGCGCCGUCGCUGCAGCUGCCGUUUCCCAUGCCACCUCUGCCGCUGCCGGUUCCCAUGCCGCAACACCAUGCCACCGCGCCGGGCCACCCCGGCCUCUACUACCAAAACCCCCACUCCGUCCCCCUCCCCGACGGUGGCAUGCUGCGGCCCAUACGGGGCGUGCCGCUGUACCCGACGCCGUUCGCGCCCCCGCCUCCGCACGGCGGCGCCUCCGCCGCGCCGUGCUACUGCGACCCGUGCCACGUCGCCGGAGCCUGGCGUCGCGGCGGUGGGGGCUGCGGCGCGCGCCUCGUCGGGUACCCGGCGCCCAAACGUGCUGCGCGCGCGCCCCGCAUGCGGUGGACGUCAACGCUCCACUCCCGCUUCGUCCACGCCGUCGAGCUCCUCGGCGGCCACGAGAGGGCGACGCCAAAGGCAGUUCUUGAGCUCAUGGAUGUGAAGGAUCUCACCCUAGCUCAUGUCAAGUCUCACUUGCAGAUGUACAGGACGGUGAAGAAUACCGAAAGGCCGGCAGCCUCGUCAGAUCAAGCCGACGGGUUUGAGAACGGGUCGGCAGGCGAGAUCUGCGACGACAACUUGCUCGACCUGCGCGGCGGUGGUAGGCCGGAGACAGCGGCGGCACGACAUGGAAGGUUGGCUGCAAACGACCAUGACGGCAACGUCGGCGUCGGUGCCGCUCACACUGGCGCCCUGUGGAAUAGCUCUUCGAGGGAGGAGGACUGGUCUGGCUUCCCUUGUGACUCAAACAACGAAAGCAUGCAAUCUUUGAAGGUACACACACGCUCAAUCAACCAGCUUGAACAUAUGCAGUCCAAGAGUCUAGAGAUACUAUCAGACAUGAACUCCUGCCUGUCGGAGACGACAUCGAGCACUAGCGAGCCAAACCUUGACUUCACCCUAGGGCGGUCGCACCACCGCCGGAGUUGAAGACCGUCGUCUUCCUCAGGAAGAAUCUUCAGGAGCACUUAGUUGAUUAGUUUGCAUGUUAGAUUGUCCC